AUGAGGUCAAAACUGCCUUCAUUAGCAUGGGGGCAUACAAUUUUGCUUGAUGGAUCCAUUGAUCGUUACAACUCUCGCCUUAUUGCUAAAGGCUAUAACCACAUCGAGGGCAUUGAUUACUUUGAUAGUCUCUCUCCUGUUGCUAAGGUGGUUACAGUUUGCAUUUUCAUUGCCAUUGCUGCAGCUUAUUCUUGGCCUCUGUUGCAACUGGAUGUUAACAACACUUUCCUCCAAGGACACUUUGAUGUGGAGGUCUACAUCUUUCCACCUGAAGGCUACUCCAAAGCUGCUGAUGGACUUUCUUUGGUUGUCUAUGUCGACAACGUGCUUCUGACAGGGAACUCUAUGGAGGCCAUAGAUGCUGUCAAGCUUUAUUUGGACAACCUCUUCACCAUCAAGGACUUGGGCUUUGCUAAAUACUUCUUGGAGCUUAAACUAGCCCGUUUUUCGCAUGGCACCUAUGUCUCCCAAUGCAAGUAUCUUCUUAACAUUGUUCGUGAUUGCCACUUAACUGAUGCUAAGCUUGCUGCGACACCUCUGCCUACCAGUAUCAAGCUUGAUGUUGUCUCUGGCUCACUCUUUGCGGCCCCAGCUCAUUUCAAACGCCUGGUUGGACGCUUCCUCUACCUGGCCUUCUCACGCCCUGAAAUUUUCUUUGUUGUCUAG